GCUGUUUCAGCAUCUGUGCCGCAGAAAAUUUCUGCAUCUGUGCCACAGAAAAGUUCUGCAUCUGUGCCACAGAAAAAUUCUGAGUCUGUACCACAGAAAAAUUCUGGUAAUCCAGGACCUGUUCAAAAAACUCCACUUCUACCUAAAUUAAAAAAGCAGGACAAUUAUGUAGUUAGAAUAGGAAUGGAGUACCUACAUAGAUUGCCUUUGGACUCGUUGGGUAGAGCUUUUCAUGAAUGCGAUUUAUGCAGAGAGACUUCUCUGAAUUCUUUUGGUCAUGUCAACAGCUUUGAACAUUUAAAGAAAUACAUGAAAAUUCAUCAUACAGAGCUCAUAAAGGGCAUGAAACCAUUAAAUUCCUAUGAACCUGCAGAAUUGAAGGAAAUCAUAAUUGAAGCUGAAAAUAAGGCCCGGGGAUCCGUGCACAACCAAGAGAAAAUGGACAAGUCCCCGAUCCGUAGCGAUGCAGCAAGAGAGAACCAGUCCGGCAUCCAGGACAGAACAAGAUACACAUCCACAGCCCGGGGAUCCGUGCACAACCAAGAGAAAAUGGACAAGUCCCCGAUCCGUAGCGAUGCAGCAAGAGAGAACCAGUCCGGCAUCCAGGACAGGACAAGAUACAAAUCCACAUAUGACGCCGCUUCCGGUAACCACGGUAAAAGGCGGAGCCUGCGCAGUGCUUUCGCAAGAAAGCCGGAGAGUUUCCGGUUUGCAGCACGGGUGUUUGGUGGAGGGUAUAAGACAAGUAAGAUGUUUGCAGAAGACAGCUUGUGGAUGGAAGAAAUGUAUGACUGUGACCAAGAUGAUAACGACAAUGAGCCACAGAGAAAAGUACAAAAGAUGGAUCUGAGUAGCGGCAGUGAUACAGGCAAAGAACUUACAAUGUCAUGCAAAGCUUCAGAUACUGUGUCUAACAAACCAACAGAAGCUACUAGUGUGGAGCCACAAAACAAGACACAGCACAUCAGUUUAUUAAAGGAUGACCCUGCGCAAGACACUGUAUCAUCUUCUACUUGCAUGUCAACGGAAACAAGACACGAUACCAUAGACAAAAUAGUCAGUCAACCACAGAACGCACCUCUGCAAACCACUCUGGCCGCUACUUGUAAGACUUCAACACAGGAUUGCUCCUCAUCCAUAACUUGUGAACCUACUAAUGGUGACAGAACUGAGACACAAAUAAAAAAAGAUCAAAGAAACGAUCUUGUUCCUGUCGAUUUGUCUUUAACAUCAAAGUAUAAAUCGGUCAAUCCUGUUCAAGGUGACAGAACUGAGACACAAAUCAAAAAACAUCAAGGUAACAAUCCUGUGCCUGUCACUUUAACCUUAAAGCCAAAGUGUACAUCCAUCAAUUCCACUCAAGGUGACCGGUCUCAGACGCAAAUCAAAAAAGAUCAAAGUAAUGAUCCUGUUCCUGUUGAUUUGUCCUUAACGUCAAAGUUUAAAAACGUCAAUCCCAUGCAAGACACCAGCAAAACUUCCACCAACCAGAAAGCAGUUGAAAGGGAAGAGCAUAAAUUGUCAAACAUUACCAAAGGGACAAAUUCUGCACCAACUUCAAUUUUCUCAUCAGUCUCAUCAGUUAACCCUAUUAAAGUUCUCGCAGACAGUGGAGGGAAUGUAGCCGAUGAAGACGAAGGCGAAGAAGCUGCUGAGGCAGAGCCAAGUGAUGACAAUGAAUGUACAGUUCCCUUUAAGGUGUCAAGCAACAUGGAUGUGUACAAUUUCUUGACAAGCUUCGAGAUCGCCAAUGAUUCUGAUGUCCUGUUUCUUGAGAAAAUUACAGAGCUGUUCAACAAUGUUUUAAAAAAUUACAAUGAAGAAAUUGCAAAGGCAAACACAGAUGAAGGAAAAAGCACUUCUGAAAAAAGUUGCAUCAGCAAUUUUGUGAUUUCCAGCCUCAACCAGCAACAACCAGAUUCCACAACUUAUUCUGCUCCAAAGCAACAGUGUUCUCUUAUGUCACAAAUGAUUAGUGACCGGUGUUCUAUAAACAAAUCUCUAUCACACUCAUCCGCAUCAGAGUCAACUCCUAACCAGCAACUCGCCAAGCUUUUUUCUCCUGUGUGUUCUCCUUCAGAAGGCAAAGGACUAGUUACAGAUGGUGUAAGAGGUAAAACAUCUCCUCACAAGACUCCUGCAGUCAGUGUUCCUACUAUAAAUCACAUGGAUGUUUCAGAGUCAAAUGAUGAUGUACCUGAGAUCACUGCUGGAACAUCAGUUGUUAAAGCUUCCAUGACUUCUACUCCAAAGCAACAGUAUUCUCCUAUGUCACAAAUAAUUAGUGACCAGUGUUCCGUAAAUAAAUCUCUAUCACUGUCUUCUACAUCAGAGUCAUCUCCAAACCAGGAACUCGCCAAGUUUUUUUCUCCUGUGUGUUCUCCUUCAGUAGGGAAAGGACUAGUUACAAAUUCCUCAGAUGGUCUCAGGGGUAAAACAUCAGACAUUGUAACAUCUCCUCACUGUAGCUACAAGACUCCUGCAGCCAGUCUUCCUACUAUAAAUCACAUGGAUGUUUCAGAGGGAAAUGCUGAUGUACCUGAGGUCAACACCAGAACAUCAGUUGUUAAAGCUUCCAUGACUUCUACUCCAAAGCAACAGUGUUCUCCUAUGUCACAAAUAAUUAGUGACCAGUGUUCCGUAAAUAAAUCUCUAUCACUGUCUUCUACAUCAGAGUCAUCUCCAAACCAGCAACUUGCCAAGUAUUUUUCUCCUGUGUGUUCUCCUUCAGUAGGGAAAGGACUAGUUACAAAUUCCUCAGAUGGUCUCAGGGGUAAAACAUCAGACAUUGUAACAUCUCCUCACUGUAGCUACAAGACUCCUGCAGCCAGUCUUCCUACUAUAAAUCACAUGGAUGUUUCAGAGGGAAAUGCUGAUGUACCUGAGGUCAACACCAGAACAUCAGUUGUUAAAGCUUCCAUGACUUCUACUCCAAAGCAACAGUGUUCUCCUAUGUCACAAAUAAUUAGUGACCAGUGUUCCGUAAAUAAAUCUCUAUCACUGUCUUCUACAUCAGAGUCAUCUCCAAACCAGGAACUCGCCAAGUAUUUUUCUCCUGUGUGUUCUCCUUCAGUAGGGAAAGGACUAGUUACAAAUUCCUCAGAUGGUCUCAGGGGUAAAACAUCAGACAUUGUAACAUCUCCUCACUGUAGCUACAAGACUCCUGCAGCCAGUCUUCCUACUAUAAAUCACAUGGAUGUUUCAGAGGGAAAUGCUGAUGUACCUGAGGUCAACACCAGAACAUCAGUUGUUAAAGAUUCCAGCACAUUACCUCCUUCAGAUCCACAGAAUUCAUCUACACAUAGGACAAGUCACAAAUCUGAGUCCAUUCCAUUAAAUCUGCAGCCUAAAUCAAAGCUGGAAAAAGCUCCACCAAUACCUGUACUCUGGUCUGCAGUCAUCCCCAUAUCUAAUGAGAGCAAUCUGGUGUCAUCCUCUGCAAAGACAAAGCAUGAAAGAUCUCCAACUAUAAAAUCAAGCCCACCUGUAAUCCAUAUUAAGAGGACAGUCAAGAAUAAAGUUACAGAUGUGAUUUCUGACCCCGCUGAAGUUGUUAAGACAAAGCCUAUUUCUAUAGGUUCUAGAACCUUUUCAGAUGUGCAGCAUUCUUGGAUACCACAAGACACAAGUCACAAUUCUAUGAACAUUACUCCACAGCAGCUUCCCGUUGGCUCCUCUGUCACUUACUCUACUCCUAAUAAGAAAAUCCCAGAACUUUCUUUAGAUAAACACAGUUCCAAAUCCCCAGCCAUGAAAUGUACCACACCUGCAGUCAGAUUCGGGAGCACACACAAAAUGGAUGCUUCAGAUGAAGUCACUAAAGUUGCCGUUAUAAAACCAGUCCUGCACGCAUCUGCAUCUGUAUUACGGCAACAGCAUCUACAAACACCAAGCAAUGACAAAACAGACAUUAAUAACCUUGGAUCUGUGACAGCGUCUCAAUAUGUCACUUCUGUGACAAAGCAAAGCAAAGACCAGUGUUUCUCCAGCCUGUCCUGUUCUGAAUCAGUUAAUAAAGAACCUAUUGCUGCUUCUUCAUCUGAACUGAGUGUCAGCUUGCCAAACUAUAAUUCUGAAACACCUAAAAAUUAUAAAGGAGAUGGUAAUAAUGUGGUCAAGAUAAACCUGCCAAAUAGCAGCAAAUCUAUAGCCGCCACAUCCAUUUCCAGCUUGAAGAGGCAGCAUCCUGAUACUUCCUCAGUAGACAGUAUUCAUAGUGAGUCUGUGGGCAAGUCCUGCAGAAUUUCCUCUACUGCCUCCUCUACCCUUGUUAAGAAAGAACCAGGUACUGUUUCAUUAGAAGAUCUGCCUGUCAGCGCAUCUGUAAAGCAUUUUGUAGAGAAAACCAAAAAGUUUGAUGAGGUUGCUACAGUCAUUUCUACCAACCUGGUACCUGAAGCCGCCACAUCCAUUUCCAACUUGAAGAGGCAGCAUCCUGUUACUUCCUCAGUAGACAGUAUUCAUAGUGAGUCUGUGGGCAAGUCCCGCAGAAUUUCCUCUACUGCCUCCUCUACCCUUGUUAAGAAAGAACCAGGUACUGUUUCAUUAGAAGAUCUGCCUGUCAGCGCAUCUGUAAAGCAUUUUGUAGAGAAAACCAAAAAGUUUGAUGAGGUUGCUACAGUCAUUUCUACCAACCUGGUACCUGAAGCCGCCACAUCCAUUUCCAGCUUGAAGAGGCAGCAUCCUGAUACUUCCUCAGUAGACAGUAUUCAUAGUGAAUCUAUGGGCAAGUCCCGCAGACUUUCCUCUACUGCCUCCUCUACCCUUGUUAAGAAAGAACCAGGUACGGUUUCAUUAGAAGAUCUGCCUGUCAGCGCAUCUGUAAAGCAUUUAGAAAAGAAAACUAAAAAGAUUGAUGAGGUUGCUACAGUAAUUUCUACCAACCUGGAACCUGAAGCCACGGCAUCCAUACCCAGCGCAGACCAGAAGCAUACAUCAUGGCGUGAUGUUAUUAACCUCAUAUCUCUAGCCAAGUCUACUGCCUCUUUAUCAAAAACUUGUGGUGACCAGCAGCCUGCUAAACCCUCCAUUGAAGCAAUUAAAAAAGAACCUGUUGAUGCAUCUUCCGUUAAAACACCCAGCUAUAACACAUCUGAAAAACAAACUAGAGGCAGAGAUAACAAGGGCACAUCAGAAACCGAGAGCACUAAAGUCACUGUUAUGAAACCGCUCAUUAAAGUUUCUACGAGUAGUUCUGUUGCAAGACAGAUUCAUUCUGGUGAGGACAUUAAAUGCAAAUCAGUGGCUGCGAGUCAAGCUGUCCCUUUUUUACCAAACCCGAUCAAAGACCAAAGCUCUCCCAGACUCUCCUAUACUUCCUGCUCCACAACAGGAAAGGCACAACCAGUCACUCCAUUUUUAAGCGAGCAGUGUAAUGUGCCUUCAGUGUGCAACCCAGCUAUGAACACUGAUUUAAAAACGUCUGCAGUAUCUUCUAGAGGGGCAGAUAGAAAUAUUAUGGGCCCUGAAUUUCAUGCUGCAAAGAUAAUCCUAGCAGCAUCCACUUCCAAUCCAAGACAAGAGGAUAUGGAGAAAUCAUAUAAAGAGAAUAUUACAAAAGCGUCUGUGGCCAGGUCUCAACCCAUAUCAAAGCCAAGUAUAACUGAAUGCUCCCAAAAAAAUUCCUAUGGCUCCUGCACUACAGCAUUAAAUACAGACCAGGCUACAAAUUCUUCAGGACCACAAACUGACCCUUCAGUAUGUACGAAUACUAUCAGUUUGGCAGAACCCACAUUCAAAUCCAAUCAAAGACAGGACCAUCAUGAUGUUCAAAUUGUAGGAAAGUCUCAAGCAGUCACUCCAGAUUCCAAGCCAUGUGAAGACCAAGUCUCUAAAUCAAUUUCCGUUUCCUGCUCCAUGGCCGUUAAGGAAGAAACGGUUAAUAUUAUGUUAGUUGAAAGGCCGAUUGCACCUUCAGCGUGUGCAAGGUCACCAAGCCAUAAUGUGCCUGUAAUCGGUUUAGGUUGUAAAGAUAAUCUGAGCAUUUCAGAGAUGAUUGCUGAGGCCACUAAAGCAGCAGCUACAAAGCCUUUUCUUAAAGGAAUCAACAUUAAUAGGGUGAUCCGAAUAUUAAAGGAGACAGAAAAAAUGAAGUCUGCUAAAACCAACAGCCAUUAAACUCAAGAUGAUAUGAAGUGCUAUGACUUUUUGUUAAUAUAUGGACUUUUAACCAUGGAUUGUGCCCAAAGAUAUUUUUCCUAAAACCAGGAAUACCAGAAUGUUUUUGUCUCUUUUCUUUUUAAAUAAAUAAAAUGGAGAAAAAAAAA